AUGCCAAAAAGUUCCGAAACAACAGUCAAAGAAUGCCAUGAUUGUGGACAAAGUGGUCCUGAAUGGUGUUCAAUCAAUCACGGUGUACUUCUAUGUGAUGAAUGUUGUAGUGUACAUUUAAGUCUUGGUCGACAUAUAUCACAAAUAAAAUCUUUUAAACGAAGUUAUUGGCCACCAAGUCAAUUAAAUUUAAUACAUGAAUUAAGUUCUAAUGGUGCUAAUCUUGUUUGGGAAUAUGGUCUGCUUGAUCCUCAAAAUAAAGUACCGAGAAAAAAACCAUCUGCUAAAGAUGCAUUACCAAUAAAAGCAGAUUUUAUUCGAACAAAAUAUCAACAAAUGGCUUAUAUAAAUCGAUUGAAAGAUGAAACAAAUGGAACAUUUGAAGAUUUACAUUUACAAUUACAUUCAAUUGUUCGAACAGAUAAUGUAGUUACAUGUUUAAGAUUUCUAUCACAAGGUGCUGAUCCAAAUUUUAAAAAUCCAGAAACAGGUACAUCAUCUGUUCAUGUUGCUGCAAGUCGUGGUCAACAAAAUCAAAUUGAACUUCUUUGCAUUUUUGGUGGAGAUCCAGCAGCUGUUGAUAAUUCUGGAAUGUCACCAGAAGAGCAUGCAAGAGUCAAUGGUUAUUUUGAUUUAGCUGAUCGAUUAGUUGAACUUCAAUAUGAAUUAACUGAUCGUCUUACUUGUUUUAUUAGUGGUAAACGACCUGAUCAUAAAACUGGUCAACAUAUUAUUCUUCCUGAACUUAAUGAAAAUCUUGAUAUAUCUGAUCCAGCACUUCUUGCUCGUAAAAAACUUCAACAAUUACCUGAUCAACUUUUUGAAGAUCUUGCUAUGGAUGUAUUUGAUGAAGUUGAACGACGAGAGUUAAAUACAACUUGGCAUGCACAAGUGGAUAAAGCAUUAAUUCCUUUACAUGUUGUGCCAUUUCUACCUGUUAAUCCUGCGUUUUCAGCAACACGAAAUCAGGGUCGUCAAAAAUUAGCACGUUAUGGUCCAAAAGAAUUUGCUACUUUCAUUUAUGAUAUAUUAAAUGAAGUUCGUCGUCGAUAUUAUGGUAUUAUUCCACAAUCACCUGUAUCACCUAUAUCAACAUCUAAAUUUCAUACAUUACCACGACAAAAUAAUCAAAUAAAUAUGUCAAAUACUAAUGCUUCCGUAUCUACUCAGGAUAUCUUAAAUGUUAAUGGUCCAUCAUCAAUAUCAUCAACAGCUGCAUUAAUAAAUGCAUUUAUUGAUAGUGACGAUGAACCACUUUAUGAUAAAGUUGCAUCUGAUGAGGAUUAUAGUAGUUUGCCAAAUAAUGAACAACAAAAACGUAGCAAAAUACAUAAGAAAGCAAAAAAACCAUCAACAUUUGAUUCUUCAAAAGAAUAUCUUGAUGGUAUCUUACAAUCACCAACUGAAAGUUUAAAUUUAUCUGAAAUUUCAAAUGAAGAAGCAACACGAAAUCAACGUUCAUAUGAUUUAAAAUCCCGUGUUGCUAAUACAGAACUUCAACUUAAAUAUUUAGCUUGUGCUCAUAUUGAUUUGAAAAAUGAAUUAGCUGUAUUACAUCAAAUGAUUCAGCGAUUACUUGAUGAAAAUCUUUUAACUAAAGUUGAUCAACAAGUAUCAAAUGAUAUGACAACAAAUCAAAGUAAUACAUCAUCUUCACAAAUACAAACAAAUACAUCAAAUUUAGUUAAUAAUGAUGAUAUUAACAGAAUUAUUAAUAAAGUAAGUUAA